AGCGGUUCUCCCACGUGACCAUGGCGAGCGAGGCGUUGCCAAGUGGAAGUGACGUCACGACGCUACGUUCGUGUUCACCACAGGAGAUACGAAUACGAGGCCUGUGACAAGCUCCUGCGACGGAGGUCCGCUGUUAAAAUCCACCUCCAUCUUCCUUAUCCUUGGGGAUAACGAUGACCAAACCGACAAGAGCAUAAUCUACAGACUCUAAGAUUUCGCCUGAUCACAAUAUUGUGAUAUUUCGGACUUAAAUAUAUUAGAAAAGGAAUGGUGAAAAGUGAACUCCGUCGGAAGAAUCCGAAUUCUCCUCAGGGAUUCGGGGGGGUUGGGGUCGCAUAAAGAUAUAUAGGAUCGCAACAGUUAAACAACGCGGAAAAAAAUUUAAGGUAAACACGAAUUUAAAGGCCGACAGUAUCUGGUUUUAUAGAAAUUAGCUGAAAUACAACCAAGGGACUCGUUCGAGAGACACCAAUAAACACAGCGAUGGAGCUACGAGUUGGAAACAGAUACAGACUGGGUAGAAAAAUUGGAAGUGGAUCAUUUGGAGACAUUUAUCUGGGCACAGACAUUUCAGUUGGAGAGGAAGUGGCCAUCAAACUGGAAUGUGUGAAGACAAAGCACCCACAGCUCCACAUUGAGAGCAAGAUAUACAAGAUGAUGCAGGGUGGAGUUGGCAUUCCUACUAUAAAGUGGUGUGGUGCAGAAGGAGAUUAUAACGUGAUGGUGAUGGAGUUGCUCGGCCCCAGUCUGGAGGAUCUCUUCAAUUUCUGCUCCAGGAAGUUCAGCCUGAAGACUGUCCUGCUGUUGGCUGAUCAGAUGAUUAGCCGCAUUGAGUACAUCCACUCCAAGAACUUCAUUCACAGAGAUGUGAAGCCUGAUAACUUUCUGAUGGGCUUGGGAAAGAAAGGCAACCUGGUCUACAUCAUUGACUUUGGUCUGGCCAAGAAAUACCGUGAUGCACGAACACACCAGCACAUUCCCUAUCGUGAGAACAAGAACCUGACGGGCACUGCGCGUUACGCAUCCAUCAACACACAUCUUGGCAUUGAGCAGUCUCGGCGGGAUGACCUGGAGUCUCUCGGUUAUGUGCUGAUGUACUUCAACUUGGGCUCUCUGCCUUGGCAAGGACUGAAAGCCGCCACCAAGAGACAGAAGUAUGAGCGUAUCAGUGAAAAGAAGAUGUCCACCCCCAUUGAAGUUCUCUGCAAGGGCUACCCAUCUGAAUUUGCUACGUACCUCAACUUUUGCCGAUCACUGCGAUUUGAUGACAAGCCAGACUAUUCAUACUUGAGGCAACUCUUCAGGAAUCUGUUCCACAGACAGGGCUUUUCCUAUGACUACGUGUUUGACUGGAACAUGCUCAAAUUUGGUGCCAACCGUACAGCAGAGGAGGUGGAACGUGAGAGGAGAGAGCGAGACGAGCGGAUGAGGCACAGCAGGAAUCCUGCAGCUCGAGGGAUUCCAGCAGCCUCAGGCAGACCCCGCCCCACACAGGACGGAGCUCCUGCCACACCCCUCACCCCCACCUCUCACACAGCAAACACAUCCUCACCGAGACCGGUCACUGGCAUGGAGCGCGAACGGAAGGUCAGCAUGCGGCUUCAUCGUGGCGCCCCAGUGAACGUGUCGUCCUCAGACCUGACGGGGCGACAAGACACCUCCCGCAUGUCCACAUCACAGAAUAGCAUUCCCUUCGAUCACCACGGCAAGUAGUUGAUGGUCACAUCCUUGUGUGAAGGCAGGUGCACCAGAUUGUCUCCAUGUCCCAGAAGCCUCCACUUUGCAAUAUGGAGCACGAUGGGCAACCUAACUACACACAGCUGAUUGACCACUCUCCACCAUCAGCUAAUAGAUAGGGCGUCAGUCUCUUUCUUCUAUUGACCAAACCAAAAUGGUGUAGAACCAACCUGACCUCUUUGCUUACAGGCUCUCUCUCCUCUUCUUCUUAUUUCAUUUUCUCAUAUUUUCUCCCCCACUCUCUUUAAAUGUUCUCGUGGACAUGAGAGCUACAGCCUGUUGCGAAUUCACACCAGUGGGUUGACCAAUCAGAGACUGGAUCAGCCAGACACACCAUUGUCCUCAUCUGCUUCCUUCCUUCACAGUUCCACUCUUACACAUUCAGUGCUGCACAACUUUCUCUGGUUCAGGCUCCUCGCGAUUGAGGCUAAUGUAUCGUCUGUGUGGUUUAAAUGGGUCUUUUUGUUUCUUUGUAUACUGAAUUUUCUUCUGUAUUUUAACCUGGGCAACAGACGAGUCCGUCUGGUGGCGUUAUGGGUUUACUUAGUUUUUUUUUUUAUUUACUCUGUAUUUAUUUUUUAAUAUACAUUUUAAUAACCCUCUGUAGCUGGUGAGGUUCCUUUCCCACGGUGAAGCUGGUGGUAUAGAGUGGACUUGACCACAAAGGGGCCAGAAUCUCAGCAUACAUCGCUCAUAGCAAACUGACUCCACAGCGUGGUUUUCACUCGUACAUGUCCUCACAGAGGGACCCUAUGAACCUCGCCGUUUGUCUGCUAUAUUGAUCUCUUUAACUGUACAAUACUGCCUCCCCCAUUAUUUUGUCUCUUCUGUUUCUAAGCUGUGAAAUAACUAAAAUAAUCGUGUAAAUGUUUCCAUGCAACUCUUUAGAAAGACUAUGAAAUGACCACAGAUGGUUUGAGUCUGAAAGUUAUCGGCAGUUAUUUUUAUCCACUCUUUCAUAAAGCUACAACAAUGAAGUGCCAGACUUUGGGGGUUUUGUGCAUUCUGAACUUGAACUUUGACUCUUGAGGGUGAUGUUUUGACUCAUGGAGAUCAUGCUUAGAACUGCAACAUGUGUCUUCUGAAAAGGUUGGUUAUGCUUUGCUGCAAGUUUGUGUUCUGAUGGUUCAGAUGGUGUUUUGGAAGUUAAAAAUAAUUUGUUGGAGAUAUCGAUUGUCUUUGCAAAGGUUGAAAGACCGAAAACAAAUCAAAGUCUUGCUUUGAUGUUUUAGUGAUUUUCCCCUUUUAUGAAAUAUUCCAGCACAUACGUGGUUUUUCUAAUGCACCUUGAAAGCUGGUCUGGUCAUCUUGUUCCCCUGUCAUCUGUAGGGGACAUUGGCAACUUACUGGAUCAAAUUUUUCAUCUGAUUCUCCCCCAUUUUGAAGCCCAUGGCUGCUUUGGGAUCCACAUACUUCUGUGGAAGUCAUGCCAAUUUGUCAUUCCUGUAAGAAUUUGUAUUACCACCGUAUUUGUGUAUUUUAAAGUGUAAAUAAAUGAAUUACUUGUACUUGUGGUUGCAUUUUUAUUUUUUAUCAGUAAAUAAUUAGUGGGGCAAGUUGUUUUGUGCUGCUGUCAUAAAAUUAAAAUUCUGUGCAUAUGUGCAUAGGGUAUAGGCAAUUAAAUGUAGUUGGUUUUGCUUAUUCACCAUUAAGAUUUUAUUACUUUUGAAAACAUGUCCUGUUUUCUAGAAAGAACUGGGUUGUGUAGUUUAUGCCAGUAUCAGAGUUACUGACAUUGAUACCUCAGGCAGUAUAGUAACCCACUAUUCCUGUGUCACUGUGAAUUUCUCAUGAUAGCGUUCUCCAGUAGGCUUGGAGCUUCAUCUUUCUUUCCUCUAUGCUAAACCCACUAUCCUACUGACAUUUUUUGUUUCUAGCUACAAUCUACUAUCUAUUUUCUAUGCUCUUCUCAUGCAUCUGUAAUCAAUUUUUUGUCUCCUAUGCAUCCAAUACCAUAGUUGCACUGAAACAUCCAAAAUUGCUUUGUGUCAUCAUAGAUAAUACAAUGUGCUGUGUCUUGUUGCUCUGCUUAAGUCUGAGAAAAAUCAAGUACUUUAGCCACUCUACAUUAAUGGUUUCAGCUUACUUUAGCUUAACAUUUGUGUUAACGUGAUCAUUUAAGCAAGUUUAGAUUUAAACUCCACAGCAAGGGUAGAUAUUUAGGAGCAGGAUUGAUCACCUGGCUAGUUUACCUCACUGUUUCAGAUGAGCCGCUGCUUAAGGUGCAUAUACAGAAUGACACCAGCUGGACUGAACUGAAAAUACUGCACAAAUCCUGUGCUAAUAGGAUCUGGACUAUGUCUUACUGUCUUGUAGGAGUAAACAUUGUGGUCAUUUACAAUGUCCAGUACCCUUUUACUAGCGUAAUUUCAGGGCAAAUCAGUUCACUCAGUAAUUUAAUGCAUCAUUUUUAAUUGAAUUCCAAAUAAAGUGGGGGAUUGAGUCAUGUCAGCUUGAAGUAAAAAAAAACAACAAAAAAAACACCAUAACAUGAGUCAAGGUCCAGUGGAGAGGGAAGGAUAUUUAUUUUGUAAAAUAAUUCACAAAUUCUGUAUGGCUACAAGACUUAAAGGCACAACCAAAAACAGCUCAAGUGUCUUUAGAACGUAGUAAAAGAGGGUCCCUACUCAUACAGUGCUGGUGAAAAACAAAACAAGGUAGAGUUUAGACGGGUUUUACCCAUACCACCAUUUUCAUAAAUCUUGUAGUACUAUUUGGUUUUCC